AUGGCUUCCGAGAAUUUGAAUUUGGCAGAGGACGACCAAGCCUCACAACCACACGAGCUCGCAGGCCCUCGCAAUGACCGUGACCCAAAGCAACCUGCCUUGGAAGCACUGAACGCUACGCCGACUCAUCACGAUGAAACUCCUCGUCUGACCGAGGGCCACCGAUUCCUCCGGAACCCCCUCGGACUCGCACAUCAGGGGGAGCGAUUGAGAUCGCAAAGCCCUCUGCGGCUUCCUAUUCCCACCGUCACUCCCGGCCAAGUGGCAUUUUCCGCAAUGCAGUAUCUGCCGGUACCGGUCAUUGUCCUCAACAACCUGAAGACUGUGGUUUUAGCAAACGAGGCCAUGAGCCGCAUGAUGGGCUUAACAUCCGAGUCCACGCCACAAGAUGAUGCCGCCGCCGUGCUUGAGCGUCUUCGAGGUCAAACCUUGUCGCAAAUUGGAAUUGACAUGCUGCAGGAUGGUCGCCCGGUUUGGAUAACCUGGGAGUCUUUUCUGGAUAGUUUGGUGCGGGAGGUUGGUGUUCGUCCCCGAGCGUCGGAAGCACAGCAACCUCAAUUCCCUCAAGCAAACCCCGGUGGUGCUACUCCUACACUAGGUUCAUCGCCGGCUGUCCCCCAGCCUCGCCGUCGAUCCGUGGCUGUGCCUUCGCAGGAUGCCGUUCUCGAAGUCGUAGUCAGCAGAAAGGACAUGAAUAGGACCACCUACGACAGCCGGUACAAGGCCAAGGCAUCCGAAUACCAAGCCUUUGCUAAAAUGAUUGUGACUGUUUGGGAGAUUGAGGAUAAGCAAACCUUCUUCACCCUGACUUUCACGAACACCAACUCUGCCGCGUCCUCGCCGUCCAAUGCUAAGAAACUCGUCGCAAAGCCGAGUGUCCUGGAGGCUGCUGAUCGACGAACCAUUGCUGUCUCCUCCCCGUCGUCGGUUGCCUCAAGCCGCGACUCGAACUCGCCUUGCUUCUACAGCCCAGGCAUCGUCACCAUGUCAUCAAGCCCAUUUCCUCCCAUGGGCCCUCCGUCGCUUGCCUCGCAUUCAAGCACCCCAUCCCUAUUGCAAAAGAUAACCCUUAUGAAGGAUGCCCUGCUUGACAACACCCAGAUGCCCAUCCUGGCCAUAUGGAAAGAUGGUAGCGUCAUCUUCCCCAACAAAGCCGCGAGGCUGCUGUUGUCCUGGGAUGCGGAUCUAGAUAACUGUGCCGAUGGCCUCGAUCUUUUGGGAAAGUGGGAGGUAUGGGAUGAGACCUUUGCAAGAAAGUUGGACGUUUCUGAAUACCCAAUCUCUGUUCUCCUUCGCACAGAACGCCCAUUCACGACGAUGCGCGUUGGGCUGUUCGAUCGUGACGGCAAGAAGCUCGUGCACGAUGUGCUUGGCGAAGCAAUUCGUGACGAUGUCACUGGGGAAUUCUUAGCAGCGGUCGUCACGGGCCGAGACGUUACGGUUAUAACGGAGCAAAUCACUCAAAUCAAAGAGCGAGAUGACGAGCGCUUCAAGCUUAUUUGCGACACGAUGCCGCAGUUGGUUUGGACAGCAUCCCCAGAUGGGCUUUACGAUUUCUUCAACACGCGGUGGUAUUCGUAUACUGGCCUAGCGCCGGAGGAGUGUCUCGGUGUCGAAUGGCAGAUGCCCUUUCACCCUGAUGACAGACAGGAAGCACUAGCUCGAUGGGAGCGGUCGUUGGAGACUGGCGAACCGUUUGUCAUGGAAUAUCGUUGUCGAAGUAAAGAAGGCGAGUGGAGAUGGUUUUUGGGUCGCGCCUUGGCGGUGAGAAACAAAGACACUGGUGAUAUUGAGAAAUGGUUCGGCACAUGUACCGACGUUCACGAGAGCAUUGAAACCAAAUUCAAUGCCAAGCGAACUCGCCAACAGCUCCUUAGCGUCAUUGCCCACUCUCAGGUCACGAUCUUCACUGUCGACCCAAAUCGCCGCGUAAAUAUGCUCGAGGGGGCAUUGAUAUGGAACCACACAUAUGAAGACUUUCACGACGCGAGUCGGUGGUAUAUCGGACAGAACAUGUACACCGUCUUCAAUCGACUUGUAGAUAAGCUUCCGGAAGGCGAGCAACUUGACUUUCUGCAGCCCAUCGAGGACAUACUGCAAGGACGCACCACCGAAGACGUCAAAGAACACGGCCUAGAUGACCGCUGGUACCGAACUCGGUUUCUUCCGAUGUAUGGCAAAAAGACUAAUGACGGCAAGACGACAAGUGAUAGUACCAUAGAAGGGGUCAUUGGUGUUAUUAUGGACGUUACAGAACUGCGCGACCGGGAAGAGGCCUUGUUGAAACAGUCCCGGGAGAAGCGAAAAGCGGUGGCGAAUGAGGCCGCCGCGAAGGAAGCCAACCGAUUGAAGAGUCAAUUUCUAGCCAACAUGUCCCACGAAAUCCGGACCCCAAUUACAGGCGUUCUUGGCAUGGCGGAGCUGCUAAGCGACAUGGACUUGGAUGAGGAGCAACAGGACUAUCUCGACAAUAUUCAGAGCUCAGCCACGUCUCUGUUAACGGUCAUCAACGAUAUUCUCGACUUUUCCAAAGUGGAGUCUGGUCGGAUGGAUGUCGAGGAAGUCCAAUUCUCCCUGUCUCUGGUCGUCAAGGAAGUUGUGCGAAUGCUCAGGUUUGCCGUGGAGCGAAAGAAUCUCGAUUUCCAGUCGGACAUUGGGAGCGAUAUCGAAAAUGACAUGGUUGUUAUUGGUGACCCCGGACGCGUACGGCAAAUCAUCACAAACCUACUGACCAACAGUAUCAAAUUCACAAACCAAGGUUAUGUGAGAUUUUCCGUCACCACGGAGUCUGAGACGGCCGACUCGAUCAACAUCAAGUUCGUCGUUGAAGAUACCGGCAUUGGGAUUCAAGAAAACGUGCGCAGGAGGCUUUUCCAGCCUUUCAGCCAAGGUGAUGCUUCCACGGCUCGACGAUUUGGUGGCACCGGACUGGGUCUCACGAUCUGCAAGAACCUCUUGGACUUGAUGAAUGGACGGAUCUUAUUGGAAUCAAGCGUUGGUGGCGGAACAAAGGCUGCAUUUUGGAUUCCGUUCAACAAGCCUCACGGGCCGAGACAAACUCACCCAGUCCAGAGCGGGGCCAUUCCAGAUCGAUUGCAAUCUGAUCUGAGCUUGUCAUGUAACAGCUCCGAAUAUGACCAGGUUGCGGGCACAUCUACGGGCUCUGAAGGCGCGGGAAUCUCUUCUUCCAUACCUCGUCGAGGCCUCUCCGUACGCACGCCUCCCUGCGUCGACCAAGACAUGCCUCGAACCGAGCGUGCAAAGACGCAUAUUCUGGUCGUUGAAGACAAUCCCGUAAAUCAAAUGAUUGCCAUCAAGACAAUACAGAAACUUGGGUUUCAGGUCACUGCGGCGUGGAAUGGCAAAGAGGCCCUGGAGUACCUCAUGGCCACUUCUCGAGGCCAAAACAUCAAGCCAGACAUGAUACUCAUGGAUGUGCAAAUGCCAAUCAUCGACGGAUACAAGUGCACGCACCUCUUGCGACACCACACUCCAUACAAUACGUUGCUGCAGGAUGUCCCAAUUGUGGCCAUGACAGCGUCUGCCAUCCAUGGCGACCGCGAGAAGUGCAAUAGAGCCGGCAUGGACGACUACCUGGCUAAGCCGGUAACCAUGAAAAUACUUGAGAGGAUGCUCAUACGGUGGUGUCUGUCGCGACGCGAAGUAUCGGCAGCCGUAGAGUCUUCAGAGUGCUCCCAGAUCAGCGAACAUUGCGACAAUGCAGGGGUUCCUCACGUUGGACUUGGAGAACAAGCAACCGAGUCCGAGAGAAGGGCUCGAGACGAACGUCAUGGCAGUCCCAUUACGCCAAGACCUUUGAACGCAGCAAACGGCCAAGCUGAACCAUCGCCAUUCGAUUCUCCUGCCGCACCUAGGUUGAACGUACAGCUGAGACACCAGGAAGGCGACAAGGAAUUGUCCAGCAUGCUCCAAGAGAAUAAGUUGAUUGACGCCGCGGGUGGUCCAUGCUUCUACCGCACUCCGUCCUUUCCGGGAUCCAGCUCUGGAGAGGCGUUGACAGAGGAGAACAUGAAGAGGCUGAAAAGCGAGACAAGCCGUCUGGGCAGAUAG